CAAUCCAUCCCACCGCCGGCGACCGCACUGGCCACCGGCGACCAGACGCUACAAGUUCAAUUGGGCAACCUCCUUCUCAAUGGCCUCCGGCCCCAACUUCUCCAAUCCAACCAAGAGGAAGAAGAAUAUCUCAUCUUCACAACCCCUAAAACUUUGCAAACCCAAAAUCUCUGCCGAUGAUGACGAUUUUCAAGACCCUUCCCCCUCUCUUUCCGUAAUCAGCUCCAGUUCCACCUUAAAGCAAAACCCUUUUAAGCACUUGAAUAGUUCUGAUCUUCCCUUGCCCAAAAUGGUCAAGAACACGGAGCAAAAGAUCAAUCCCGGGAAAGAAAACAUUUGGAUAUCAUCAAAUCCAUCCGGGCCUUCAUUUUUUCGAGAAGAUGAUAAGACUAUCGACGAAUUUGAGCUGGAUUUGGCCGACAGCUGUGGGUUGGAUUCGAUUGAGUCCACCUUAGAUUGUCAGGCAAAUGGGAAAUUGAAGAACAAUGAGGAAAGAAAAGAGUCUGGGUUGGAAGAAAGUGGAAAGGGGCAGUGGGGAGGUAAUGAGUAUAAGGAAGAAUCUGAAGGGGGAACGGCGCAUCUGGAUUUGUUGCUCAAGUUAUGUGAUGUUGAUUCUGACCAGGAUGUGGAAUGCUCUGAAAAAGUUUCUACUUGUAGUGAUGAUGGCUUGGAUUUUCGUGAGGCUUGUGGCUUUGAGGAAGAGGAAGUGGACGAAAGAUUGAUUUGUUGUCCACUUUGUGGAAAUGAUAUUUCCGGGUUGAGUGAUGAGUUAAGGCAAGUUCACACAAAUGAGUGCCUUGAUAAAGGUGAGACAGCAAAUGAGGCGGCCGCGGUUCCUCCCCAUGAUUCCACAGCUUAUCACUGUCUUGGGCAAGUUCUUGAUGGCUCUCCACGCCAAUCUUCUAGGAAAGUUGUAGCUGCGUUUCCCGUAUUGGAAUGGCUACACAACCUGGGCCUUGCUAAAUAUGAAGAAAUUUUUGUGCGAGAAGAGAUUGAUUGGGAUACUCUGAAGCGGCUGACCGAGGAGGAUCUUUGCAGCAUUGGUGUUACUGCACUUGGUCCAAGGAAAAAGCUCGUUCAUGCUCUUGCUGAGCUAAAAAGGCAUGAGGGCAACCCAGUGGAAACCCCCGAUAUCCAAAAUGUAGUUGUUGAUGAAAGAAACAAACUUGCUACAAACAAGUUGAUAACGGACUAUUUUCCAGGUUCUGUUGCUAGGAGAAAGAGAGAUUGCAUUAGUGCCAAAGAACAGAAGGAGACACUUAAAAGUCACCCAAGUUCUGCUUCGAGGAGUCAACAGAAGAAAAAUCGCAUAAAUAAUGUAAAACACAAGACAGUUCCCACUUGGUGUUGCAUUCCAGGAACACCAUUCCGUGUUGAUGCAUUCAAAUAUCUAAGAAGAGAAUGUUCUCAUUGGUUUCUUACUCACUUCCAUAUGGAUCAUUAUCAAGGUUUGACGAGGUCCUUUUGUCAUGGGAAGAUAUAUUGUUCAUCGAUUACAGCAAAGCUUGUCAACAUGAAACUUGGAAUUUCUUGGGACAAAUUGCAAGUUUUGCCCCUUAACCAGAAGAUCAAUAUUGCAGGGAUUGCUGUCACGUGUUUUGAUGCAAAUCACUGUCCAGGUGCCAUCAUAAUUCUAUUUGAACCACCCAAUAAUAAGGCUGUACUGCACACUGGAGAUUUUCGUUUCGGUGAGGAAAUGGCAAAAAUUCCAAUUCUGCAGACAUGUCCUAUCCAUACACUCAUUCUCGACACCACAUACUGUGACCCCCAGUAUGACUUUCCAAAACAGGAGGCUGUAAUUCAGUUUGUGAUUGAGGCCAUCCAAGCCGAGGCUUUUAACCCCAAAACUUUAUUUUUGAUUGGCAGCUAUACCAUUGGCAAGGAAAGGUUGUUUUUAGAGAUUGCUCGUGUUCUUCGCAAAAAAGUCUAUGUCAGUGCCGCAAAAUUGCGUCUGCUUGAAUGCCUCGAGUUUCCAAAGGAAGAUGCACAGUGGUUUACUUUAAAUGAACACGAAAGCCACAUUCAUGUGGUGCCCAUGUGGACGCUUGCAAGCUUCAAGAGAUUGAAGUAUAUAGCAAAUCAAUAUGCAGGUCGAUUCAAUCUAAUAGUAGCUUUUUCUCCAACUGGCUGGACGUUUUCUAAAGGAAAGAAGAAGUCUCCUGGAAGAAGGUGGCAGCAGGGUACCAUCAUAAGGUAUGAAGUACCAUAUAGUGAGCAUUGCAGCUUUUCGGAACUCAGAGACUUUGUCAAGUUUAUAUCUCCUGCAAACAUCAUACCAAGCGUAAACAAUCAUGGACCAGAAUCCACUAGGACAAUGGUUUCCCACCUCUUGGCUUAAGCUGCUGGCAAAUCAGUCUGAGGUGAAUGAUGGAUGUCUAGCACAUAUAGAUAUCAGGUGAUAGAUAUAUUUGCAAUUCUUUUGUACUUAGUUCGCUGUAUUAUCUCAUGUUGUUCUUCCUCCUCAUGUUUAGUUCAGUGCUUUGUAUAGAGAAUAUGGAGGUGGUACUAAUAGUUUCUUGCAAUAUGUGCACUGUAGAUACAGAAUAUACUUUUUUUUUGUGGACGACACAGGGGAUAUCUAGACUUUCGGCUUGACUAAUCCCCCUGCGGCUCCGAGCACGAUAACCACGGGACUCUAACACUGAUCAAUGCCUUAAAGAAGGACUACAUGACCGGUCGAGCUACCCAACGGGACAGAUAAAGAACAUGCAUGCACGGCAAUAAUUUUGUAUGUAUGCAAUGGUGCAAUAUGAUAUCUUUCCUUUUUCGACCUUUUAUUUUGUUUAGUUUUUUUUUUUAAUUGGGAAGCGUUGGGCUCUAAAAGUUUAUUAGCACUCUUUUGGUUGAACCUUUUCUGCGCGUUUGUUGUGUGAGUCCAUUCAUUAAUCACUUGUUUUUCUCAUUUUAGAUGGGUGAU